AUGGCAGAUGAUCAGCACCAAUUGCCUAUUGUUUCCAAGCACUUUAAUACCAAUUUUCAGUUAAAUCAUGUCUUUCACUUGCUUCUCUUCAUCAUUGGUUUAUCGGUCGGUCUCAUUUCUGCUUUUUACAUCAAAAUUAACUUCUCAUUCACCAUGCUGACCUCCUUUUAUUCUGUUUCUCCUCCAAUAUCACCACCAUCUCUGCCACAACAGCCACCAUCUCCACCGUCGUCACCACCCCCACCACCACCACUAGCAACACCCUCAGUACUAGGAUUGUCCUUUACAUCAAAUGGCACAUCCAACUACUCCAGUGUUUCACUGGAAAAUCAGACAUCACUCAUGCACAAUAUGAGUGACAAAGAGUUGCUUUGGAGAGCAUCAAUGGUACCAAAAAAUUUAGAUUUCCCCUACAAACAUGUCCCCAAGGUGGCAUUCAUGUUCUUGACACCUGGGCCAUUGCCACUAGCUCCUUUGUGGGAGAUGUUUCUCGAAGGCCAUGAAGGACUUUACUCCAUAUAUGUACACCCUCAUCCCUCUUUCAAUGAAUCAGUGCCAGCUGAAAGUUCUGUCUUCUACAAAAGAAGAAUUCCUAGCCAGCCAGUGUGGUGGGGGACUAUAUCAAUGAUUGAUGCCGAGAGACGACUUCUAGCCAAUGCUCUCCUUGAUUUUUCUAACCAAAGAUUUGUAUUACUCUCUGAUUCUUGCAUUCCCUUGUUCAAUUUUACAACAGUCUACAAAUAUCUCAUGGGCACCAAUAUAAGCUUCCUGUCCUCAUUUGAUGACCCAAGGAAACCGGGUCGUGGUCGAUACAACAGACAAAUGUGGCCCAAUAUCACAAUUGAACAAUGGAGGAAAGGGUCUCAAUGGUUCGAAAUUCACCGUGAUCUAGCCAUCAAGCUUAUAUCUGAUAAAAAAUACUAUCCAAUUUUUCAAGAGUAUUGUCUCCCACCAUGUUACAGCGACGAGCACUAUUUGCCAACGUUAGUGAACAUUUUGUACCCCGACAUGAAUUCAAAUAGGACCAUUACCUUUGUAGAUUGGUCGAGGGGAGGGCCGCACCCUCGAAAAUUUGGAUGGGGGGACAUUAGCGAUGAACUUUUGAAUGGAAUGAGGUUUGGAAGCGAAUGUAGUUAUAAUGGCAAUACUACAUCAAUGUGUUCUCUGUUUGCUAGGAAAUUUCUGCCAAAUGCAUUGGAGCCAUUGUUGCUGGUGGCUCCCUUGGUGCUUGGUUUUGAACUUAAGCAGUUUUGA